AUGAGUAAGUUGUCUGAAUCCCACCCGAGAACCCAGAUAUCGAAUUCCCACAAUCCUGAGCCCGUAAUAUCCGACUUCGUCGGUGAUGAUCUGGAUCUGCGCAACUGGAUUCUGCGCUUGCAUGAAUUGGAGGAACGUGUAGAAGGUUUGGCCAAAGAAACGUUGCCGGUCCUUGGUGACCGAGUCAUGAGCUUAGAAGGGCAACAUGAAAAACUUGCGUCUCGCAUUGGAGCACAUCCGCGUAGAACCGAUGAGGAUAUCCUCCAAUUGGAACUCGAAUUUCGUGACCAAUUCGACAAAUUGCUUGAAAGAAUUGCGGCUCUUGAAGCCCAAGCUGUCGGAUUGGAUGAUUCUACGGGACCACCUCCGACUCCGAGAAACACUAGCAAGAAACUGUCCCCCGAGUUAGACGAGACAGAGACAUGCAAUGAUUUGGAGCAGAUUGUUAAACGUUUGCACAAUCAAGUUGGCUUUGCCCUUGCGGCUGUGAGAUCCGCCAAUUUUACCAACCAGGAAAAAACCUCAGUUGUCGCCACCUAUCAGGCAAGACUUUUUAAACUUCGUUCCAAUCAACUCGCAUUAGUCCAAGAAGCUAUGUCGGCCUUGGGAGGAAAGAUAUUCUUGGAAGACGGCCGCUUGCACUCCGAAGUAGUACAAUCGUUGAGUCAAAAUCGGAACUUAAGGCAGAUCGACGACGAGAUUGUUCACAUUCAAAGUAUGGCGUUGCUAAUCAACAAGAUGGGAAUCAUGACUGAAGAAGGGGGGGACGUUGGCGAGCUCCCAGGCUCACCACAAACUCCUGCCCCUGUGCCCGGACCGACGGCUUCUGCCUCCCAUUUCUCGUUUCAAGGCAACGAAUCUUCAACCUCGUUCACGACACCCUCUAACCUUUUCGCGAAUCGAAGCAAUGGUCACCUGACAGACUCGCUAAGGUUGUACUUCCGUACCUUGAAUAAGAAGCGCGCCGGUUCAGAAGCACUUGAACACGCGUCGGAGCAAACCAACAGUGGUCCGGGGGGCCGGAAGCGUACAACUGUGACUCAGGCAAGCACCGAGCACAACUACAAACAAUCCAAACAUAAAUAA